UCAAAGCUACUAUUUUUUUAGUUAUUGUUAUAAAAAUCAAGUCGGCCAAACAAACGCUGUUAGUCAACUGUGCAACGCUGGCAAGCAGAUAACCAGCGAAAAUGACGACUAACUGGCGGGAGUUGUUUCCUACGAAACUCACAUUCAUUAUAUUUCUGCUGUAUAUGUCAUUGUUUAUUGGUCAAGGCAUAUUUGUGACCGCAUCGCAGGAAUCCAAUAACUCUUAUAGCUACAAUACCGUAACGGUUGUGCUGCUAACAGAAGUGUUUAAACUGAUUGUGUCCAGCUGCCUCUACUGCAGAGAAAAUAGCCUGGCCUCGCUGGUGCGCGAUGUGCGCAAGGACCGCAGUGUACUGGUGGCAUACAUGGUACCCGCGUUUCUAUAUUGCCUGUACAAUAAUCUGGCCUUUGUGAAUCUUGCUACAUUCGAUCCAACCACAUACUAUUUAUUGCUGCAGCUGCGCGUCGUCGUCACGGGCAUACUAUUUCAAAUCAUAUUUAAAAAGUAUUUGUCACAGCGCCAAUGGAUGUCGCUCAUACUGCUGACGUUGGGCUGUAUGUUGAAGCAGGUAGAUUUGGGAAGUUUCUACAACGAUACCAACGAUGAUAGCGAAGCGGCUGCCAUACAAGCGGACCGGACGAAUGGCACGUUAUCUCUGGGCAAGGGGCUUGAUAAAAACAUGACUGGUUUCGACUUUAGCAUUAGCGCAGUGUUCAUACUGGCGCAGACUAUAUGCUCCUGCCUGGCAGGCGUCUACAAUGAGUAUCUGCUGAAGGAUAAAGGCGCCGACGUUAACAUUUUUGUGCAGAACGUAUUCAUGUAUCUGGACUCGAUUGUCUGCAAUGCAGCCAUACUGCUGAUACGUGGCGAACUUUUGGAUGCCUUCAGUGCUCAUAAUAUGCAGAGCAUAAUGCGAUUUAGUGUGAUCAUUAUCAUAGUUAACAAUGCUGCUAUUGGCAUUGUCACUAGUUUCUUUUUAAAGUAUAUGAACUCUAUACUUAAGACAUUCGCCAGCGCCUUGGAGCUGCUCUUUACGGCCGUGCUGUGCUAUUUUCUAUUUGCCAUACCCAUCUACUUGAACACCGCCUUGGCCAUUGCGGUAGUCUCCUAUGCCAUUUACCUGUAUACUCAGAGUCCGGUAAUUAAUCUCGGCAAAGUGCGACCGCCGGCCAGCCUGAGUGAGGCCACCUCCAAUCAAAAAGCCAAAGACAGAGAAGACAGGGAACACCGACGACAGCUGCUGGAUGAGCAGGGUGACACUGAUCUGGAGAUGGACAUGGUCUAGCCUCAUAGUCUUAUACCUAAGCUCUUAGUUCAUAGCUCUAUAGCAAGUGCCUCAACGAGCGUGCAAUCUUUCGAUUAUAAGUCUGUGUGUGUGAGCGCGUGUGUGUGUGUAUAGCUUCUGUAUGUAUGUGCAACUAGCGUUUCCGUCUUAGAUACGUAAUUAAUUUACACAAAAAGCAAUGUAUAUGAUAUAUUUUAUUUUAUCAUGUAGCUUUUCAUGUUUGUCGCUUUCAAAUUUAAGUAAUUAAAACUUUUUGUGGACUGGCGAUGUUACAACGCUAUCUGCCCAAUUUCAUAUGAA